CUGAUCUGCAUCGUUCCAAUCCUGUAUAUACAGCAAAAGAUACGAAGUCAAUGUUCGGGGGAUGGAGAUGGAAAUCUUCUACCAGAUUCGACAACGAUACUACGAGCCUAAUUGUCUCAAAUUACGGGAAUUGCACCAAUGUCACUUUUAAAACUACUGUGUGGUUGCUGAAACUAUUUGCUUAAACCUGCUAUCCUACCUUUUCCGCACUUUUGGUGGAACCGUCGCCCAUGGAUUUCUUGAAACACUGUUUUAUCGUGCUCUCACUCACCUUCUGCACUCUUUCAUCGAUACUUGAAGCAAACGAUGCAAACUUCCAGAAUAUUUCACACCAAAAGGACGCAUAUACUUUGGUCUACUUCUAUGCCGAACAGUGCAGGCACUGCAACGCUCUAGAUCCGAUUUACACCGGGCUUGCUGACUUAUUUACCUAUGGUGACUCCAAAGUCCAGGUCACCAAAGUCGACGGAAGACAAAACGAAGCACUUCGACGAAAAUUUGAUGUUAUUUCGUUCCCCACUAUUAAACUUUUUGAACCUGGUGGGAGAGAAAUCGCGGCCUAUACUGGGGUCAGGAGGUUGUGGAAUAUGGCGCAGUGGUUGACUUCUGUGACUGGAGUUCAAGCCAUAUGGCCUCAAAGCAAUGUCGUCAAGUUGAAUGAUUUAAAUUUUGACCGGAUUGCCAGCCAAGGCAAGAGCCUUAUUGUGGUUUUCAUGGCUCCGUGGUUUGAUGCGGACUGGGGCAUGCCGUAUCACUUUUUCGAAACGGCCGCCAGGGAAUCUGAGGAUGAACAUUUGGUGUUUGCCACGGUUGAUACCUCUUCUGCUGAGGCAGCAGCGAUUAUGACAAGGUACCGCAUCACCAGGCCAUUGACAAUAUUGUAUUUUUUGUCCGGCGAAACCACUGCUAUUGACUCUAGCUUCCAAUUGGUCGAACCUGACUUGCUUGAGGUGGAGGAUAUCAAAGCGCUUACAUCAGGGCGCAUUAUUGGAAGAAAGGUCACGAUAGAAGAGAUAUUUUUUGAAGGUGAAUUGUAUUUUUAUGACGAUAGCGGUUUGGAUGACGAUCUGGACGAGGAGUUCAAGAGGAUGAGAGAACUUUAAGUCACUGCCGAAGAUACUGUAUAGGCCAAUACAUUAGAAAUGGGCGCCAAUAGAUAAAUCAACAGAGACCACUGUUCCCAAAUGUUAUAUAUCAAUAUCAUCGCAGGGAUAUCGUAAUAUAAUAAAUUGAAAAUAAC